AUGGCUCAAGGUUUAGUACUGUUAGCAACACUGCUAGCCUUUAGCAAUGAUGUUCAGUGUAAUUUUUCACCGACUCUUGUUACGGAUUUGGCUAAAGUGCUUGUGGAUAACUACUGCUCUCCAGAAAAACUGUCUGGUAUGGAAGAAGUGAUCGGUAUGGCCACCAACAACACAGAGAUCCUCAGCAUCCAAGAUACCAGUAUACUUGCCAGUAUGCUGACAGAUGGGGUUAGGACUACAAUUGGUGAUCCUAGAAUAAAGGUCACCUAUGAUCCAGAUUAUGUUCCAGCAGCACCUCCAAGAAUUCAUGACAUCCCACCAGAGCAACUGGCUGCUGUGGUUAAGGGCACAGUAAAUGUAGAUGUCCUUGAAAAUGACAUUGCCUACCUGAAGAUUCAACACAUUAUUGGGGAAGAGAUUGCUCAGAAGAUUGGACCACUUCUUCUGCACCAUGUCUGGGAUAAAGUUCUGCCCACCUCGGCCAUGAUUCUGGACCUUCGUUAUGCUGUUAGUGGGGAACUGUCUGGCAUCCCUUACAUUGUCUCCUAUUACACUGAUGCUGAGCCUCUUAUCCAUAUUGACUCUGUGUAUGAUCGUCCUUCAAACAGCACGACUGAGCUCUGGUCCAUGCCCAACUUACUGGGAAAAAGGUAUGGAACCUCCAAGCCCUUGAUCAUUCUAACAAGUAAGAACACUGUUGGAAUUGCAGAGGAUGUUGCUUACUGCCUGAAAAACCUAAAACGAGCCACCAUUGUUGGAGAAAAUACAGCUGGGGGAUCUGUGAAAAUUGACAAGAUUAAGCUUGGUAAUACUGAUUUCUAUGUUUCUGUACCUGUGGCUAAAUCCACCAAUCCCAUUACUGGCAAAAGUUGGGAAGUCAAAGGAGUGGCACCGGAUGUGGAAGUGAAUGCAGAAGAUGCCAUUGAUGCUGCAGUUGCAAUCAUUAACCUUCGUGCUGAAAUCCCUGCCAUUGUCAAGUCCACAGCUUCUUUGAUUGCAGAAAACUAUGCUUUUGACAGCAUUGGGGCUAAUGUCGCAGAAAAGUUAGAGGCUCUAGUGGCCAGUGGGGAAUACAGCAUGAUUUCUUCAAAGGAUGAACUGAAAGCAAAGCUCUCAGCUGAUCUUGUCAAACUUUCAGGGGACAAAUGCUUGAAAAUUACAGACAACACCCCUGUGCUGCCGCCAAUGAGCCCUUCACCAGAAAUAGUCGUUGCACUUGUUAAAGAUUCAUUUCACACUGAUGUGUUUGAGAACAACAUUGGUUACAUGCGCUUCGACAUGUUUGGAGACUUUCCAGAAGUUGCUGCAGUUGCUCAGAUCAUUGUUGAACAUGUUUGGAAUAAAGUAGUGGACACAGAUGCUAUGAUCAUUGACCUCAGGAACAAUGUUGGAGGGUCCACAAAACCAAUUGCAGGACUCUGCUCUUACUUCUUUGAUGAGGACAUGAAGAUUGUGUUGGACAAAAUAUAUGACAGAUCAUCUGGCACCACAAAAGUACUUGUCAACCUUCCAGAGUUGACAGGUAGAAGAUAUGGCUCCAAGAAAGGCCUGCUGAUCCUGAUUAGUGGAGUGACGGCUGGUGCAGCAGAGGAAUUUGUUUAUAUCAUGAAGAAGUUUGACCGUGCCAUGAUUGUCGGUGAGCCAACCUAUGGCUCCUGCCAGCCACCAGAAACAUUCCAAGUGAGCGACAGUGAUAUUUUUCUGGCAAUUCCUGUCACUCACUCAGACACUUCCCAGGGUGCUGCCUGGGAGGGAGCCGGAAUUGCUCCUCAUGUUGCAGUGUCUGCCAAUGACGCCUUGGAUGUGGCCAAGGGUAUACUUAACAAGCACUUGUUAGGUCAGAAAUAA